AUGAACCUCACCACCGCAACAAUCUCACUGUUAUUCACUUUCUUUCUCACGAUUUCUACUUUCGCCGCCAACCACGGCGUUUUCAACGUGAAAUACAAGUUCGCCGACGAUCAACAACACUCUCUCUCCGUUCUCAAAGCUCACGAUUACCGCCGUCAAAUGUCUCUCAUCACCGGCGUUGAUCUUCCGUUAGGCGGAACCGGUCGGCCUGAUUCCGUCGGGCUUUAUUAUGCGAAAAUUGGAAUUGGAACUCCUUCUAAGGAUUAUUAUUUGCAAGUGGAUACUGGUACUGAUAUGAUGUGGGUGAAUUGCAUACAGUGUAAAGAAUGUCCUACCAGAAGUAACCUUGGUAUGGACCUUACGCUGUACAACAUAAAGGACUCCUCCUCUGGUAAAUUAGUUCCAUGUGAUCAAGAGGUCUGCAAAGAGAUAAAUGGGGGUCUUCUGACUGGGUGUACUCGUAAUACUAAUGAUUCCUGUCCAUAUCUGGAGAUAUAUGGUGAUGGGAGCUCCACAGCAGGUUACUUUGUAAAGGAUGUUGUACUGUUUGAUCAAGUGUCUGGGGACCUUAAAACUGAUUCGGCUAAUGGAAGUGUUAUAUUUGGGUGUGGUGCUAGACAAUCUGGAGAUCUAAGUUAUACAAACGAAGAAGCACUUGAUGGAAUUCUUGGAUUUGGAAAAGCAAAUUAUUCAAUGAUUUCACAACUUUCAUCUUCUGGCAAAGUGAAAAAGGAGUUUGCUCAUUGCUUAAAUGGAGUAAAUAGAGGCGGUAUAUUUACGAUUGGGCAUGUUGUACAACCUAAAGUCAACACGACUCCAUUAUUACCCGACCAACCACAUUAUAGUGUCAACAUGACGACGGUUCAAGUUGGACAUACUUUCCUUAAUCUCACGACAGACGCAUCUGACCAAAACGACAAGAAAGGGACAAUAAUUGACAGCGACACAACCUUGGCCUAUCUACCUGACGGGAUCUAUCAGCCACUAGUAUAUAAGAUAAUUUCUCAGCAACCCGACCUAAAAGUGCAAACUCUCCAUGACGAGUAUACAUGCUUUUAG